AUGACUAGUAUCCAGCUCACACUAGAGGAUAUCCCUUCGUUGGAGGGUAAGGUGGUGGUUCUUACAGGCGGCGCCUCCGGUAUUGGCCUGGCAGCUAGUCGGAUCUUUGCGCACAAGGGAGCACAAGUCCAUAUUCUAGACAUUGUACCCAUUGAUGAGGACUUUGACAUCUACGAGAUCCCUGGUCAGUCGAGUGGUGACUCUCCAAAGCUAGAUCCGAGCUCUGGGGGUUCCAUCCACUUUAGGAAGUGCGAUAUUACGGACUGGAGCUGCCUCCGAGACACUUUCCUUUCCUUUGACCACAUUGACAUUGUUGUCGCCAAUGCAGGUGUAUCUCAGGACCCAGACUACUUCACCGAUACUUUGGAUGAGAGUGGCCAGCUUAAAGAACCAGCCCAUCAUGUCGUCGACGUUAACUUUCGCUCGACAUUAAACCUCACGAAGCUCGCCCUUCGACAAUUUCAGAAGCAAGGCCCAGGGAGCAGUCUUGUCAUUACCGCGAGUAGCACUGCGUAUUCGCCUGAGCAGAGCCUGCCAAUUUACAGCGCCACCAAAAGUGCUCUCAUCGGCUUAAUCCGAGGACUGCGUCCGAUGGCAGAGGUCUAUGGGGCUACUGUUAACGGAGUGGCACCAGCCGCUACCAUCUCCAAGCUCUUACCCGGAAAUCUCGCACUGCCUAUCAAGGCUGCAGGAGCACCCAUUAGCAGCUCCUUCCACGCCGGUCUUGCGGUAGCAUUUUCAGCUGUUGCGCAGCAGGCGCGCUCCGUUGAGCUGUACGGUAGAGAUGACCCCGCAAAGGUAGCAUUGCCAGGCCGGUGGAAUGGCCGGGUCAUCGUAACUUUGGGUGACAGAUGGACGGAGGUGGAGGAGCCAAUUGCGACAUUGCGCUCGCAGUGGUUCGGGGAAUAUAACACAGAGCAGACCGCACUACAACAGAAGCUGACCGAUUUACGGGGGGUGUAG